AUGUCUUACAAGGAAACAGUUGCUAAGAAGAAACAGUUCUUACAAGAUCAGAUCCCUAAAGAAUGGAUCAUUAAGGAUGUCAAAUCCCCAAGUGAAGAGCCAAAUGUGAAUAAGUAUAUCGAAUCCCCUGAAUAUGGAUUAUUAUCACCAAGGGAAAUUGAAAUUACAAACUAUACACUACAAGAGUUAUUAAAAAACCAAUUGGAUAGGAAAUUAACUGCCUUGGAAAUUGCGAAAGCCUUCACUCAUAGAGCUGUAUUAGUUCAUCAAAUAACAAAUUGUUGUACAGAGUUAUUUCUUGAUCAUGCUUAUAAACAAGCUGAAUCGUUAGAUAAUUAUUUGAUCAAGACUGGGGAACUCAUUGGUCCAUUCCAUGGUAUUCCAUUCUCACUAAAAGAUCAAUUAAAUGUUAAAGGAGUUGCAACUUCAAUUGGAUACGUUGAUAAGUUAUUUGAUGUAAUCACAGAUGAAGAUCAGGAAUCAUUAUUAGUCCAGCAACUACGCUCACAGGGUGCUCUUUUAUAUAUGAAGACAACGGUUCCAAUGGCCAUGUUAUCUUACGAUACCUAUUCAACUGCCUAUGGUUAUACAGAAAACUCGCUUAAUCGAAACUAUGCACCUGGUGGUUCAAGUGGUGGUGAAGGUGUUGUUAUUCAAGCCAAAGCAUGUAUUUUGGGAAUUGGUACUGAUAUUGGUGGUAGUCUAAGAUGUCCAGCAGCUCAUAACGGUAUUUGGUCAUUAAGACCAACCACUAACAGGUUUAGUUAUAUGAAGGUUUUGAACUCAUUUCAGCACCAAGAAGUUAUUGCUUCAACGAUUGGACCUAUGGCUUAUAGAUUGGAAGAUUUAGUUUAUUUUGGGGAGCACAUUUUAGGUGAUGAAUCGAUCCAGUGGAUAAAAGACCCAAAAGUUCCACCAUUAAAAUGGCAAACAAAUAUUGAAAUACCUGAAAAGUUAACAUUUGCAGUAAUGAAUUGGGAGUCUACUGGAAUAAAACCACAUCCACCAAUUAUUCGUGCAUUAGAAAUGGUUAAGAAAUCGCUUUUGAGCCAAGGCCAUGAGUUGAUUGAGUGGGAUCCACCAAUUGUAAAUACGGAUUUGUACAAACUUUUAUGGGAUGUUUUCAAAAUUGAUGGAUUCAAAGAAGUCAAAGAUGAAGCUAAUAAAUCAGGUGAGCCAGUUGAAUAUGUUUUCCUAGGACAUGAAGGUAUAACAUCAGCUGCUGAAUACUGGUCACUAGUAGCUGAGAGGUAUAAGUUUCAACAAAUCAUUAAUGAUUAUUGGUUAUCAACAAAAGCACAAACUAAUACAGAUCGCCCAAUUGAUGGUUUAUUAACACCAGGAUGGCAAUUUUGUGCACUUAAGCUUGGUGAAUCUCCAAAAUUCAACGGUGAUUAUUCCAAGCAGUUCAAUGUCUUAGAUUUACCAGCUGUGCAAAUUCCUAUUACAAAAGCUGAUUCUAAGAUUGAUUUGAAGGAUGAAACUUAUAAGCCUUUAAAUGAAGAUGAUCAAGAUAAUCAUGAUCGUUAUGACGCUGAAUUUUAUCAUGGUGCUAAUGCAAGUGUCCAGUUAGUUGUAUUGGAAAGAUUUGGUGAGGAAAAAGUAUUGAAGCUGGCUAAUGUGGUCAAAAAAGCUGUUGAAUUGCCCAACUGA